CAACAUCGCUAAUCAGUUGUACGAAUACGUAACUUUCAACCAGCUAUCGUACGGCAGCUACAGAAUCGAUUUCUUAUCGCACGACGCCUCAAACCACCGAUUUCUGGUCGUGAAUGUCUCGUCGCAUACCAAUCUGUUGGCUGGCACUGAUCUCUCGAACUCGCUCACCAUGCGCCUCCUACAUCUCGUAAACGGUCAUCUCAGCCUAGAUGAGUUCUACGGCAAAGAGAUCCCACCCUAUGGCAUCCUUUCUCAUACUUGGGGGUCGGAUGCCGACGAGGUCACUCUAAAGGACAUCACAGAUGGUACAGGCCAGGGCAAAGCAGGUCAUCGCAAGAUCCUCUUCUGCACAAGGCAAGCCGCCAGAGAUGGUCUAGAGUAUUCCUGGGUUGAUACUUGUUGUAUUGACAAGUCGAGCAGCGCGGAACUCUCAGAGGCUAUUAAUUCAAUGUUUCGCUGGUAUCGGGAAGCAGCUAAAUGUUACGUUUACUUGUCUGACGUUUCAGUUCAAGAUACUGGAUCUUUCCAAACCAGCCGCUGGUUUACUCGCGGGUGGACACUACAAGAGCUCGUUGCCCCGAAGGUCAUUAGCUUUUACACUAGGGAGGGCGAACAUAUCGGUGAUAAAUCCUCGCGUUUGCAGGAGAUAGAGACUGUAACAAAGGUACCCCAGCACGUCCUUCAGGGUGGGGAUCUUUUCGAGACGAGCGUUCAAGAGCGAUUAUCAUGGGCGGAAAAGCGUUCAACGAAACGAGAUGAAGACCGAGCAUACUCUCUAUUGGGUAUAUUCAAUGUUCAUAUGCCUCUUAUAUACGGCGAAGGCCAUGAACAUGCCUUCUUUCGGCUCCAAGAACAGAUAUCUAGGAGAUCUUCAAGCGCGAUGAGGAUGGAAUUUAGGCCCACGCGCUCGAAUGAGGUUCCGAAAACGCGUAAUUCAACAGCCUGCGCACACAUAUUAGGGCAGACCGGGAAUAUCGUAGUCGGUGGUCGCGCUGAUCGUGUAAACACUGGGAUUUCUUUCAAAGGUUUUGUAAGUGGAAACUCCCAAAACCAGACUUUGCCUAGGAUGUGUUGGCAAACUUUCACUGCACCAGAACCAACCUUUUCAGCGAGAAUAUCACGAGAAACUGGUUCCGUUGAAGUUGGCUUGGACUCUAGCGAUAUCAAUACGGGCAUUAGCACUUAGUGAUUGAGCGCCACUCAGUGGCGUAGCAGUCAGAACCUCGACUGUAUCACAACCAAUAGUACACGCCUGAUGU